CGGGCUCCCGUAGAAAAACACCGUGACGUAGAUGAGCUGUUGAAGAAAAUCAGGAUAAUCUACGUAACAGUCCAUCCUCAUCCUCAUCCUCCCUCUCCCUCCCGAGCAGCGCGUCGGUCCGAGUCCUCUUCAUCCGCGAAACCGAGAGCCAUGGCCGCGCAGAAGAUCAACGAGGCGCACGAGCACAUCGCCAAAGCCGAGAAAUGCUUGAAGACAAGCAUGACCAAGUGGAAACCUGAUUAUGAUGGAGCCGCUUCAGAGAUGGCGAAAGCAGCUGUGGCUUUCAAAAACGCCAAACAGUUUGAGCAAGCCAAGGACGCGUACCUGAAGGAGGCCGAGUACCACACAGACAACAAAGCGCUCUUCCAUGCGGCAAAAGCGUAUGAACAGGCCGGCAUGAUGCUGAAGGACAUGAAGAAGAUGCCUGAGGCCAUUCAGCUGAUCGAGAAGGCCAGCAUCAUGUACGUGGAGAACGGGACGUCUGGAACCGCUGGGAUGGCUUUGGACAGAGCUGGGAAACUCAUCGAGCCGAUUGAUCUGGAGAAAGCCGUGGACUUGUAUCAGAAGGCCGCUUCUGUGUUUGAGAAUGAAGAUCGUCUCAGGCAGGCCGCAGAGCUUCUGGGAAAAGCCUCCAGGCUUCUGGUGAGACUGCGCAGGCUGGACGAGGCCGCUGUAUCCCUUCAGAAAGAGAAGAACAUGUACAAAGAAAUUGAGAACUACCCCACCUGCUUUAAGAAAACCAUCGCUCAAGUGCUGGUUCAUCUCCACAGAGGUGACUUUGUGGCGGCGGACAAGUGUGUGAGAGAAAGCUACAGUCUCCCAGGGUUCAGUGGGAGCGAGGACUGCGUUUCCAUGGAGACGUUACUGGCGGCGUACGACGAGCAGGACGAGGACGGGGUGUCACGCGUCUGUAACUCACCUUUACUGAAGUACAUGGACAACGACUACGCCAAGCUGGCGAUCUCUCUGAAGGUUCCCGGCGGAGGCGGCGGGAAGAAGAAGAAACCUCCUGCAGCUCCUCAAGGUGGCAGCGCCGGGCCGCCGCCGGCCGAGGAAGACGAUGAUUACGAGGGAGGUUUGUGUUAACUGAGACGGGCCCGACUCCUCCGUGCGUGUGUGUGUGUGUGUGUGUGUGUGAAGGAGCCUUUCAGUGUUUCCUCCCUUUGUGCAGUGGAGUCAUUCCUGAGGAAUUUUCCUGUUUGUCCCGCCUCUAGGAGCGUUUACUCCUCCUCAGACACACAGAAAACCCUACACACACAUAUUUAACGCCGAAGAGGUUUGUUUCUUUGCUACGAGCUGCACCGAAUGCGAUAGAGCGCUGAAGCGAGGAUGUGUUUUUGUAGUUUAUUUGACGUUUUCCAUCUGAUUUUAGAUUGUUGUUAAAAAAAAUAUUGUUCAUCGUGAUAAUCGUAACUUUUUUUUCAAGCCUAUAUACAGUUGACAGAAGUAAAAAAAGCUUAAAUAAGCAGUAAAUGAACUACACUGUGGUCACAUCGGCAUCACCACCAAGAAGCUUUAACUCUUUUAUUUUUCUCUUGAAAACAUUUUCUCUGAAAGUUUGAGAUUGGAUGCUUUUCAAGAGCGUGAUUAUAAACAAAAAAGCAGUGCCAGCGACUAAUAAGUAGAUGAGUUAAACCCUUUGGCAAAGAGGUGGUUGACUAAAACCUAAAAUCACUUCAUUCCUUGAAAAAAAAAAAUAAUAAAAUAAAAUAAAUUAAGAUUUUAAAUGAAAUAAAAUGUAAAAAAAAUUACUUUGCUAGUUGGCAAUGCAAGAUUUUUCAUUUUUAUUUAGUUGAAUUUAAUGUACUAAAAUUAUUUUAGAUUAAAACCUGAGAAACUUUAUUAGAGUGAAAGCAGAAAAUAGGACAGAACUAAUAUUGACAAAACUAUAUAUAUACCAGUGUUGAGGAAAAUUACUUAAAAAAGUGGUGCAUUACAAUAUUGUGUUCUUAAGUAAUUCAUAGCGUGAUUUUUGUGUUACUUUGUCACCUAGGCUGAACUAAAAAUAUCUUGCGUUAAACCUCAAACCUUAUUUCAGUCAUUUAACAAAAAUCAGGAAGAUGAAAUGAUUAUGACCCACAGAAAUGCUCAUUUCCAAAAAUCUGUCCUCCUUUCAGCACGCCAGUGAUUUCAGUGUUUUCAGUCAAGUUACUAACAUUCGUCUUCCAUUGGUCAAUCAGAUAGUCCCGCCCCAAAACUCACACCAUUGGUUGAGCCUGUAAAUUAUAAGCGCUGGGCAUUUUUGAUGUGUGUGUGUGUGUGUGUGUGUGUGUGUGAGAGAGAAAUCAUAUUACUGGAUAAAUUCCGUUUGUAAAUGUCUUUUAAUUUGAAAAGGAAAUGUGUAGUUGUGUACAGAAUGUAUUUAUUUUUCUUUGUGAACAGUCUGUGAUGUCCAAGUGAUGUUAAAUCAGUUAUGAAAUUUGUAAAAUACUACAAUAUUAUGUACAGUAAAGUGUUGUUGAAAUAUAAAUGUGUGUGUGGAGUGAGGCGUCAUGCGGCGUUUCCAAAUACACAACCUGACAGACAUAAAGAUGCAAAAAUGACCUAAUAAAAAUCACAAUCUAUACACUGUC